AUGCUUUCGAAAUCUGCUCGUGCAACUAGAGUAUUGAGAAGGGUGCCCAUGCAACGGGCUCACAUACCCGCUGCUGUGGCUAGUCCUAGAGCCAUGUCGAUUGUUGCAAGAUCUGGGUCUAUAGAUCCAGCUCCAUUAAUACCGAAAAUGAAGGACUUGAGAGUUGAUGUGCUGAGCUUUAGAAACUUCAGUUCGUCUUCAGCAAGAAACAUGCAGAUGGAGAUGAACAAGGAUGAUGAUCCCAAUGUUCCAGCAUUGGAAAAGUACGGAACUAACCUCACGGACUUGGCCAAGGAAGGCAAACUAGAUCCUGUCAUUGGUCGUGAUGAGGAGAUCAGAAGAACUAUUCAAGUGCUUUCUAGAAGAACUAAGAACAACCCAGUGCUCAUUGGUAACGCAGGUACUGGUAAGACCGCUAUCAUGGAGGGUCUUGCUCAGAGAAUACUCAAGGGCGAGGUACCUGAGCUGAUGAAGGACAAGCAGAUUAUUACUCUUGAUUUAGCGGGUAUCAUCUCUGGCGCCAAGUUCAGAGGCGACUUUGAGGGUAAGCUUAAGAAGAUCUUGCAGGAAGUCGAAGACAAGAAGGGUUCUGUGAUCCUUUUCGUUGAUGAGCUCCAUCUUCUCAUGGGGUUGGGUAAAGCUGAAGGCUCAAUUGACGCUUCUAAUAUGUUGAAGCCGGCUUUGGCCAGAGGUAAGCUCUCGCUUUGUGGUGCCACCACCAUCGAAGAAUACAGAAAGUACGUGGAGAAGGAUGCAGCAUUAGCGAGAAGAUUCUCGCCAGUUAUGGUCAACGAGCCAUCCGUUCAAGACUCCAUCUCGAUUCUUCGUGGACUCAAGGAGCGUUAUGAAGUUCAUCACGGUGUACGUAUUACUGACGGAGCACUCGUUACUGCUGGUUUAUACUCCAACAGGUACAUCACCGACAGGUUCCUUCCGGACAAAGCCAUUGACUUGGUGGAUGAAGCUUGCUCAACCUUACGUUUGCAACAUGAAUCUCGUCCAGACGCCAUCACUCACUUGGACAGACAGAUCAUGACCAUUCAAAUCGAAUUGGAGUCUCUCAGAAAGGAGGAGGACCAAUUGUCUGUGGACAGAGCGAAGAAGCUUGAGGAAGAACUCAAGGUGAAGGAAGAGGAGCUCAAAGAAUUGACAGAGAAGUGGGAGGCUGAAAAGAAGGCUAUUGAUGAAGUCAAGCAGGCCAAAGCCGAUUUGGAGCAGGCAAGAUUUGAUUUGGAAGAAAGCCAAAGAAAAGGCAACUACGCCAAGGCUUCUGAGUUGCAAUAUUCAACAAUCCCAAGAUUGCAAGAGCUGGUGAAGGAGCUUACAGAGUCCGAGGACGUGGCAAAGUCUCUGUCGAUCUUACAUGACUCUGUCACUUCUGACGAUAUCGCCGCUGUCAUUUCAAAGAUGACUGGUAUUCCUCUCAGCAAUUUGAUGAAGGGUGAGAAGGACAAAUUGCUUGAUAUGGAGAUCAUCCUCAAGCAGCAUGUGGUGGGCCAGGAUGAGGCCAUCCAUUCGGUAUCUGAUGCGGUGCGUUUGCAAAGAGCUGGCCUCACGAGUGACAAGAGACCUAUUGCAUCAUUUAUGUUUUUGGGCCCAACCGGUACCGGUAAGACUGAGUUGACCAAACAGCUCGCAGAGUUUUUGUUCAACGACAAGAGCUCUGUCAUCAGAUUCGAUAUGUCUGAGUUCCAGGAAAAGCAUACUGUUUCUCGUUUGAUUGGCUCCCCACCAGGAUAUGUUGGAUACGAGGACAGCGGUGAGUUGACGGAGGCUGUGAGGAGAAAACCAUAUUCAGUCAUUUUGUUUGAUGAGUUCGAGAAGGCUCACAAGGAUGUUUCUAAGUUGCUCUUGCAAGUUCUUGAUGAGGGAUCGUUGACGGACUCUCACGGCAAGCACAUCGAUUUCAGAAACACAAUCAUCGUUAUGACUUCCAACAUCGGUCAGGAAAUCCUUCUUGCUGACAAGGAUACCAAGGACGAUGGUUCCAUUAAUGAAUCUGUGAAGCUGGAAAUCACCGAGACGUUGCGUCACCAUUACCCACCAGAAUUCUUGAACCGUCUUGACGAAGUUUUGGUAUUCAACAGACUUUCAAAAUCUUCUUUGAGAAACAUCCUCGAGAUCAGAUUGAGAGAGAUUGGCGAUAGAUUGAGUGACAAGAGAAUGUACCUUCACCUUUCUGACGAAGUGAAGGAGUUUUUGGCUAACAAGGGCUACGAUCCAAUUUACGGUGCAAGACCUUUGAACAGGGUUCUUCAAAAAGACCUUUUGAAUCCAUUGGCCAUGUUGAUGAUCAAGGGCCAGGUAAAGGAAGGCGACGAUGUUCAGGUUGUCAUGAAAGACAAGGAGCUUCAUAUCGUGCCAAACCAUGAAGAGGAGAGCAAGUCAGAUUAA